CCAGAGAGUACACUGAUAUUCAACAUUGAUCUCCUGGAGAUUCGAAAUGGACCAAGAUCUCAUGAAUCAUUCCAAGAAAUGGAUCUUAAUGAUGACUGGAAACUUUCUAAAGCUGAGCCACCUUCUUUGAAAAGUUGUCUCUGUGCACCGGCUCCAGUCCCUACCUAACACUUGACUUAAAAGCCUUCAGUGGGGUUAGACCUCCAUGUCCAUCACGGGAUAGACGCUACAGCCCUUGCCGUGGUCUGCGAGGCUCAACGUGGACCGGCCUGUCUACCUGCUUCUCCGGCCUCUUCCCCAUUCUCUCUGGCCUCAGCUGCAUUGGCUUUUUGAUUUAUUGGCUGCUUGCCCUUCCUCCAGCCACAGGACCUUCAAAGCUGCUUAUCGUACCUCUGAAACAGUCUCCCUCCCCUGGCCAUUUCUUCUUUGUGCAGGAGGAGGUGAGAUGUCCACUUAGAGGAGGAUGGCUGCCCCUCCUCCAAGUUACUGCUUCGUGGCCUUCCCACCGCGUGCUAAGGACGGGCUGGUGGUGUUUGGGAAAAAUUCAGCUCGGCCCAGGGAUGAAGUUCAGGAGGUCAUGUAUUUCUCAGCUGCUGAUCAUGAACCCGAGAGCAAGGUUGAGUGCACUUACAUUUCAAUCGACCAAGUCCCCAGGACCCAUGCCAUUGUGAUAAGCAGACCUGCCUGGCUUUGGGGGGCAGAAAUGGGGGCCAACGAGCACGGAGUGUGCAUAGCCAAUGAAGCCAUCGAUGCCAGAGAACCUGCCGCAGAGACGGAAGCCUUACUGGGGAUGGAUCUGGUCAGGCUUGGCUUAGAAAGAGGAACGACAGCUAAAGGAGCCUUAGAUGUCAUCGUCGCCUUGUUGCAAGAACACGGGCAAGGUGGGAAUUACUAUGAAGACGCAGACUCCUGCCACAGCUUCCAAAGCGCGUAUCUGAUCGUGGAUCGUGAGGAGGCCUGGGUGCUGGAGACCGUGGGGAAGUACUGGGCUGCCGAGCAGAUCACAGAGGGAGUGAAGUGCAUUUGCAAUCAGCUUUCACUCACCACUAAGAUCGAUGCAGAGCACCCUGAACUCAGGAGUUAUGCUCAGAGUCAAGGCUGGUGGACGGGAGAGGAUGAGUUCAAUUUUUCUCAAGUUUUUUCUUCAGCUGAUGACCAUCUAGACCACUGUGCAGGCAAAGACAGCAUAGACAAGAAAGAAGAAAGCAUCACUGUGCAGACUAUGAUCGACAUCUUGCGGGACAAAGCCAGUGGAGUCUGUGUAGACUCCGAGUCUUUCCUUACCACAGCCAGCGUAGUGUCUGUUCUGCCUCAGAACAGAAGCUCGCCAUGCAUUCACUACUUCACUGGGACCCCAGAUCCUUCCAGGUCCAUAUUCAAGCCUUUCAUCUUUGUUGAUGAUGUAAAACUUGUCCCCAAAGCACAGUCUCCUUGUUUUGGGGACAACGACCCUGCCAAAAAGGAGCCUCGGUUCCUGGAGAAGCCAGACCGCCGGCAUGAGCUGUACAAGGCCCACGAGUGGGCACGUGCUGUCAUUGAAAGCGACCAGGAGCAAGGUCGCCAGCUGAGAAAGACCAUGCUGGAACUAGAGAAGCAAGGCCUGGAGGCCAUGGAAGAAAUCCUGACCAGCUCUGACCCCCUGGACCCCACCGAAGUGGGGGAUCUUUUCUAUGACUGUGUUGACACGGAGAUUAAGUUCUUUAAGUGAAGUAAGCAUUCCCUUUCCCCUUCUUAUUUAAACGUUCCCACCUUACUAAAUUACCAGCAAAACAAGCCACUCUCCUGUGUGAGUAAAAUGAGAAAGUUCAGAUGUGUUAAAGUCACACUCUUGUGUUCUGCCUUGAAGCUCAACAACAACCCCUUCUCCUGCCACGUAGCUUCCCUUCUUUUGCAAUGUAACGCGUCUCCAUUUGCCUGUCGUUCGAUUGUAUGACUAAUUGUGGAUUUUCAGCUGCUCUCAUUGCAUCUCAGUGACCGUGGACACAUUAGCCUUCUCACGGAGGACAAGGGUUCAUCAGGCCUUGGAAGGGGGCUCCACAGUGCUAAGUGUGCAGGAAAAGCAAAAUCUUUUGGUCUUAUUCUUUCUUUCAGUACUGGUUUCUUCCGGGUUAACCAAAGGGCCAGGGCUCUCGUGUGUGUACUUGAGGGAGAAGCUUCCAGGCCUCCCUUCACAUGGGUGCAUGCCUGUCAUGCAGAGUUCUCCAGAUGUGUCUGCUGAGGGACACAGCCAAUGGGGAGGAACAAAGGGGGCCCCUCUGUGGUCCCAGCUCAUCCUGAUCCCCGUGAUCCCAAAGAGCCUGUCUUCUCUACACUGCUCCUCGUGUGCGGGGGACCCACAGACGGCCCCUGUGCAGGAGAGCUGGUUAGGGGAGUCAGCUGGAGGCGCCCACGGUAGAGACUCGGAGGCAGCCACACCGGGGCCUCCCUGAUUCACCGCGCGGCCCUCCCCAGAGGCCUGCGGCUCUCCCUGCACACGCCCCCCCCCUUGGAUGUGGCUUCAUGUAGAAACGAUUUCGGGCUUGGUGAUGACCAUCUACGUUAGGAUGAAUUAAAUGGCUCCGUGGCACAGUUCCACCCCACGGGGCUGCGAAUUUCCCCAGCUAGCGAGGGAAAGAAAAGGAGAAACUCCUGACUGUUUAGAUUUCAGUUAAAGUAGCUGGAAUCUGAGCAGCGACUACAUGAUCUCAGCAGAGACUUUAAUUAAACUGAUUUGUUUCCAACGUCGUGUUCACACGGAGGAUUUGACUUACCACCAGAGCAUAGACGGGCGUGUGAGGGCCAGAUGGGCUCAGCAUUGGGAAGACAGAGGGCAAGGAGGUGACAGAUGGAUGCAGAAGCAUUUCGCUGCAGGGUGGCGAUCCAACCCCAGCCUUCCUGCCCAGCUUGCUCAAUCCCACAAAGCUGCGUAGGAUGCAGCUGGCUCUCCCCGCCCUUCCCUUUAUUCCCAGUAGCUGCUCUUGGAAUGAAGGUAGCUGCAGGGGGCAGGUGUAGGGGGGCUUCGCCCCAGCCAUGGAAACUCUCAAGCACUGUGAAAUGCUCCGGGGGCGGAGAUGAUGAAUAGACGCGUAAGCAGGUGUGGCCGCUGGUGGAAGGACGGCCCUUUCCUUACUCCGGCCUCACCCGUACCCAGUUGGGCCCAAUCAUGCUUCGUCACUGGUAGGAAUUUGCAAGUGGAAAGAUUGUGAGCGUCAGUCAUCUCUGAAGUGACCUAGGGUCAGUGACUCUGCGCCGAGAGCGGUGCGCGACAGGCCAGGCGGGCCGGAAGGGACGGGGUCUCACACACGGAUGUGGGCACGGAGGGCCACGGGGCUUAUCCGAACACAUCUUGCUCUACCGACCUCCCUUUAAGGGUGUGGGUAUCAGAGCGCCACGAGCUUUUGGGCCAGCAGCUUUGCGAAUUCUGUCUGUGAAAGCAUAGACGGUGAGCGCUAGCGGAUGGGAAGGACGUUUGGGCCGACAGAGUUACCACAGCCGUUGGUGGUGACCUGUAGUUGCUGAGUCUCAUCCAGGGCUUUCCCUGUUGAUGAACACAGGCUCUCCUCUUAGAGGGAGCGGCCAUCCCCAGAGCAUCAGUUUACAGAUGCUAAGCUCGGGGGGUUCGUAACACAGGUACUUCGCCGCUCCUCAGUCCACCUGCUCAGUGGUUAUUUAAGACAAGGUGAUGUGGAAAGCCACCCUAAAAUCUCACCACGUGGCUUCACCUCCACCUGUUACAGAAACAUUUCAUCAGACUGGACACGUCUGAGGUACCAAGGUGAUUCGGGGUUUUACCAAAAGAAGUCUAGUGAGACUAAAUUACACAGAGGCCUGCUUUCAUUGUUAUGGGCCAAACAAAGGUCAUGGAUCACCCAUCCAGCCUACGCCGUUCCCUAGCCACUGUGAAGUGGGAAAUACAAUGGCUGCUUCCGUUAGGGGACAUUUGUCCAGCAUCUCAAAGAAGGGUCAACCCUAAAUGAGAAUUGUCUUAGCUAACACUGUACGUCACAAUUGUGAUGCCCCUGUCUUACCACCAGGGGGCGUGGCAGCCCUCCGUGGCACAGCCUGGCAGAAGUUAAAUGGGGCUGGGAUGCUUCCAUCCGGCUCGGACGGGGUCUGUGUACAGUCAAACCCCCAAUAAUAGCAGUGGACGAAUUCUUUGUGCCUUGGGGGUUGUAGGGAAAGACAAGAAGAGAGUAAGGAACCUGCUGAUGCGGCUGGACUCACUUCUAGUGACUUUUAUCUACUGUUGUCAACUGCUUAAAAUAUGUUGUUGGAUUUUGAGCAGGCUGUUGGCGAGAUGUUUCUUUUUAAAUGCUCCUAACAGACUCUGCUUUUGAAAAAUGCUUAUCAUUACGUGGAUGAUUUCUUUACCAGGGAUUGCUUUUCUAAAGACAG